GCAGUCGGUCGCCUGCCAGCCCCGGGAGCGGUCGCCUUAGUCGUACCCUCGCUGUAGACGUACCUCGCUCCAGUCGGUCACUUGGUCGCGUGUCCGUGCCGCUCGCUCCAGCCGCGCGGAUCGCCUUUACCCAGUAAACUACUCUUCGCAUCGAAAGAGAGUCGUUACUUCAAGAAGAAGAUAUGAGCUUCCACGUGAGCUCAUGGCCCCAGCGCUCUACCGCCGCAAUGUACAACUGCAUGCGCCGCUUCCAACAAGUCGAUUGGGGGGGGGUGCGGCGUGACACACACAACGUAUUCACCAAGCUCAUCAGGACCAAGGACCCCCGCGAUUCGGAACCCACCCAAGAGAUCACCUUGCCUGGAAGACAACGACUUUCGCGAUGCCUAACGACAAUGGACUUGACUUCUCUCGGUGUCGGCUCGUGUGUCGGCACCGGGAUGUAUCUGGUUGCCGGAAUGGUUGCUCGGAAGUUCGCGGGGCCUGGCGUGGUCAUCAGCUUUAUUAUCGCCGCCCUUGCGAGUAUCUUUUCUGGAGCCUGCUACGCUGAAUUUGGAGUCCGAGUCCCCAACACUACUGGAAGCGCCUACAUGUACAGCUACGUCACCGUCGGAGAGUUCAUAGCCUUUGUCAUAGGCUGGAACAUGAUUUUGGAGUAUCUAAUCGGUUCCAGCGCCUGUGCCCGGGCUUUGAGUGCUUGCUUCGACUCACUAUUUGACGGCGCGAUCUCAAACAAGCUAGCUGAAAAAAUCGGAACUAUGUAUGGCAAACCCCCAGACAUCAUGGCCUUCGGGAUCACGCUCCUCAUGAUGAUGGUCCUAGUAGCAGGAGUACGAAAAUCCCUGUUCUUCAACAACCUGCUGAACGCCAUCAACCUUACCAUCUGGGUGUUCAUCAUGACCGCUGGCCUGUUCUACAUAGACGUCUCUAACUGGACGGAGCAUAACGGAUUCUUGCCAUAUGGAUGGAGUGGAGUAUUCAGUGGUGCAGCAACCUGCUUCUACGCGUUCAUAGGAUUCGACAUCAUCGCGACCACAGGGGAAGAAGCGAACAACCCCAAGAGAUCCAUUCCUCUGGCCAUCGUCAACAGCCUCGGCAUCAUCCUCCUGGCUUAUGUAUCGACUUCUAUCAUCCUCACGCUUAUGGUACCGUACGACCAGGUAGACACUGACUCGGCGCUCGUACAAAUGUUCGCCCACGUGAACGCCCCGACUUGCAAGUACAUCGUUGCUAUUGGGGCCCUCGCCGGCUUGACUGUGUCUAUGUUCGGGUCAAUGUUCCCGAUGCCCCGAGUUGUCUAUGCCAUGGCUCUUGAUGGAUUGAUCUUCAAAAAACUGGCGACGAUCUCCGAGAGCACCGGGACCCCUGCCUUCGCGACCGUCUGCGGCGGCAUCGCUGCUGCUGUGGUGGCGCUCAUGAUCCAGCUUGAGGUCCUCGUCGAGAUGAUGAGCAUCGGUACUCUCCUGGCGUACACCCUGGUCUCCACCUGCGUGCUGGUGCUGCGAUACCAGCCUCACUCCACGAACCUGAUCGAGCUGCUGCCGCAAAGUCUCCGAACUCCUGUCGACCCUGAGGGCACUGCUAGUGCUAAUAGGGAGACUACUUUCACCGCACACGCUUCGACCCACAUUAUGCCACCAAGCCAACGCGUCAUGGUUCGCCGAGUCACCAGAAGCUCCCCUGAUUCGGAUGACACUCUGCAUGAUGAGAGCGAAGAGUACCGUGAUGACACCUUCCUGGUCAACUCUAAUAACGAGAAUAACUACUAUGCGGCAGUGGGUGGCGGAUCCUCAGGCAGCAACACCGCUUGCAGCCGGUUCUUCGGCGCACUGUCCCGGCAGCUGCAGUCCAUGAGCUACCUCUGUCCUGGCCUGUUCCCCUGGAUAGAUUGUGGACCUGCUACGGAGCAUAGCGGCAUGUACGUGAUCAAGUCAGUCGGCAUCAUGUAUCUACUGAUCAUCAUCUUCGACCUGUUCGCCGCUUACGGAAGCCCUGGCACCUCGACCUUCACCAACGUGUCCAUGAUACUGCUGAUGCUGGCCAUCUUCGCCAUCCUGCUCAUGAUCUCUAGGAAGCCACAGAACCGCGUUGCUCUGAUCUACACGACCCCUGGCCUGCCCUUCGUGCCGACGAUCGCCAUAAUUGUGAACAUCUAUCUGAUCCUGAACCUCUCCAUCUUGACCCUGGUUCGCUUCACCAUUUGGAUGAUACUUGGAAUGUUCAUGUACUUCAAAUACGGCAUCAAGAACUCGACCCUGGAGACGAAUCCACCUGGCCCGCCCCCAGAGACGCCGCCACCACCAAACCCACUGGACCGCACCACGAUACCACCACCUUCUCCCCACAGCUCCCGACACACUGGUGAUAGAAACAUCUUCGAAGGAGACGGCAAUGAAGGACUGUAUGGGAAUAUGGAGUAUAACAAUUCUUUACUAACGUGGCAUGAAUCUAACUUGCAACCUGUGUCGAGUCUCGGUUCAACCCCCUCGUCCAGCACGUAUAACCCGACCACGUACCGACAGGCUGAGACACGUUACGACGUGAACACGAAUACGACCACGACUCACACCACGAGCUCGCUCAGCCGACCACCCUGGGCCUACCCUGAUGCCGCCUUUCCAACCUGGGAAUAAACCUUAUUAGACAACGGGUUUUUUAUAUUAAGUUCCUAAUGUUUUCUCCAUUUUAUUCCCGUUGAAAAUUUUUCGCACGCAUAGCUCUGUAAUAGUAAAGGUUUUAUUUUUAUUAAUAUAUUAUGUUUCUAAAUUCAAUUUUAAUUAAGUUUCCGCGGUUUUGUAAAAUCACGUAUAAUGGAACGGUAUUUAAGCAUUUGUUUUAAAACAUCAUUUUAAACGACAAAUUCGAUUGGUUCAUUCGAAUUCUUGAAUGCCAUUCCAGAAUACGUGUGUUAAAGUCGCGUUCAGACAUCGCCUCGCGUGCCAUUCUUUGGCUAACAUCAACUAUGCCAUUACAACUAUUGAGAGUCAACACGUCCUAGUAUACAAGGAAUUCUAGACUUUAGUGUGAACAACGAGCAUGCACAGAGAAUGUUCGAAGCUAUUCUCAAUUUAUAAGACCAGAUACGAGAACUGUAGUUAAGAAUGAAUGCCUCGCGAUGUUUGGACUCGGCUUUAGAUUUUCAAAUGUCGAAUUCGAUCUAACGACUAUACCGCGUCGUUACGUUUUACGCAUUAAUAUUAAGUAUAACCAAUUUAUGUAAACUUGUAGCGUAGUUUAUGUACAUAUUUAUCAAGUUAUUUAUACUUCUUGGCCAUUUACUGUAGACGUAUUUUAUCGGUGAUAUAUUUAUAGUAUAUAUCUACUAUAUAUCGUCUUUAUACAUGUAUAAUUAUUGUAUGUAUGUAGUAUAUAAACUGGUUUUAAUGAUUUUAACUUUGUGCCUCGUGCGUUUUUUUACAUUUCGGCAAUAUUAUUAUCAUUCAGUAUUAACAAUUAUAAGUGAUCGGUAGACAUAUCUGAUGACAUCAUGAAUACAUCUUUUUUACACUUCGGUAGAUACAAAAACAUACAAAAUUGUUAGUUGACAACGCACGGGGUUCUCUAAAUAUACCUCUCAUAGUAUUUUCUAUUCCAAAUUCUAAUAUAUCUAAACAUAUCACGCGAAUUUCUACAAUACUUAUUUAUUGUCAAACCAAAAAGUUUUUCUCUUGUUACCAACCUUUUUCGUAGUUGUAUAUACCUACAGAUAGUUGUACCUAUUUUGUAACUCAUAUAUUGCUCUUAAGUUAAAGAACUUAUAUAAUACCUUCAUUAUUUUUAUAUCCAUUUUCACCUGUUUCUCGUUACGUAAGAAUAUUUUUAUGCAGCUCAAAACGUUGUUGAAUAUUUAUAUUUAUGGUAUAGUAUUAUAUUUUUUUUAUUUGUGUUUAUAUACUUUUGAUAUUUUUCAUUUUUCUUUCAUAGAAGAAAGGUGUUUUUCAAACCCCAAGCUUUGGUAGUAUCUUCUAGAAAAAAUCAAAAUCACUAAAUUGUGGUAUUCCGAUGACAUCUGUAACAUCCAUUUAAAUCAUCGGUGUAAAAUUUCAAAAUUAAGUAUUUCUUUGGGGUUUAGUAUGCGUACUUCACAUCUUUGUACGAAGUUGGUGGCACAAAACCUUCACAAAACGCACCUUUAUAAUGUAGUUGUUAAGUACCAUUUUUUGGUUCAUUAUUAUUGACAAUUAUAUUUAAUUCCACAAAAUUCCUACGAUUUAUUCUAGUCAUGUUUAUUUAAAGUUUCGUUUUUAAUCUAUCUAAAAUUAUUCUUAAAAAUGUGAUAUUUUAAGUAAUGUUUUUACUGUAAACUUAAUAUAUUUAGAACUCUUCAUUCUGUAUGUAUUUAUAUAUGAUUCGCAGUAUUUAUCAUUUAGGCUAGUUACCUAUAUUAUUAGCUAGGUAGUAGCUCCUUGUAUUAUACCUACUUGUAUUAUCAAAAUAUUUGCGCCUUCUAUUCAUGAGUGAGUAAAAUUUGUUCAGGUGGUUUUCGGAAAUUCGACUAAAAGGUGCAAAUAUUUGACUGUAGAUAAAAUAUAAUUUAGGUCUCAUGUAUUUUGUAUAUUGUUUUAUACUAGUCGCUUUUUAUACAUUCGCUUUAAACAAAAAAUAAAACAGGGGUUACUUUAAUAUUAUUUUUAAAAAUUCAUAUCAGGAGCAUGGUUUCAUAUGUCACGAUUAUUUUCGCGAGUAGAUACAUUAUUUUACGUUUAGGUUAAGUAAAAAAAAAACUCAUUGCAAAAUUCCCUUUGGCUAUCAAAAAUCAUUAGACCUUUAUAAUAAAAAUUUGUUAAUGUUGAUCUAUUUAGUAAUUGUUGGCUUUUUCAAGGGCAUAAGUAUAAACCUAAACUUGAAAUGACUUGAUUUGUAAUUGUAUUGUUAGGAUAUAAAUUUAAAACUGUCAUUUGUUCUUCUCGUUAGAAGAAGCACUUUAUAUGGCAGGAUCAAUGAUCUCAAGCGAUACCUAACUGCUAGGUUCAUAAAAUUCAGUUAAAUUUUAACUUAAAGUGACGGGACGGAAUCAAAGACAUCCCUACUCCAAAUUAUAGCCAACUACACGACCUAUUUACGACAGUACUUAGGUAUAUUUUGUUUUGUAACAUUAUAAAAACAUAAAUGAGGAUGUUGGUUUGGGUAGACAGUUCUGUAGUACAUCGUAUUGGAAGGAAAUUGCUAACUGUAUACUGGACUUUCCUUUGAAUAUUUCUGACGAUAUAUUCUAAAGACAGGCUGAAGACCAGGCAUUGUCUAUACUAUAAAAUACUGCUACAUCACCAACAGCCCUUUUUCAAUAUAUUGGUACAUUUCAACGCAAGCACCAUUAUUAUUUAACAUAGAAUUCGGAUUCGCUGACAAAAUUAUGACGCUCAAAUAUGAUUUUAAUUAUUUUCUUAGAUAGUACCUACUUGGAAUUUUAAUUAUAAAUUGUUGAUACGAAGGAUACUAAUAUAAGUCAUAAUUAAUGGUGUUGUUAAGCAUAUUAUACCUUUAGAUAAGUAUUACAGUAUUAAGCGUAGGGCAGACUGUGUGUAGCCGCAGCAUGAAGAUUUUUUAAACAAAAUCCAAAAUUUAAAAGUCGGAAUAGAAUCAAACAUCCAUUCAAAUUGAUGACACACACACAAUAAAAUUAUCCAAUGAGAAGCCCAUAUUUUACCACCAUGCCUCUCAAGUAAAAUGGAUAAAGCAGCCAGAGAACCACAAGUCCUAUGCAUUACUGUAGGUACUAUUUUGGCUUUGAAACUAGAAACAACAAUUUAAUACUGGCUGCUAUAAAAUUCUAAUUAUUAUCCAAAAACGAAGAUAUAUCAUCAGAAAAAUAAACAAAAGCUGCAGUACACACAGUGUGCUCUAAGCUUUAAAAUACAUUGAAAGGUUUACAUUGAAGGCACGGGGACAGUGGAGCUGGUUAAAACCGGUUUAGUCGCGAUUUUUUUGUUAGUUAUAUACGGAUCACCCUUGGCCUUUAGUGGAGAUCGUCCAGGUGUAUUUUAAAGUGCCGAAUCGAUGUUCUCCCCAUAUGUAACCGAGUUAUCCAUGCACUGCUGUAUUAAUCAUGAGGGAUUCUGUCGUCCGUGACGAUUGUAUGUGAGUCAGGACGCGGGAGUAAGUAGGUAUAUUAUCUGAAUGAGUAUUAAGACCGUACCUUCUAGUAGUCUAUUAGGUACGUGUACUAUAAGUAGUGCACACAUUACAACUAGAGGAUAUUACGUGAUGCACUCCAUCAUUGAUCGCGAAACUUCAUCGUUGCUUUUGGGCAAGGCUCCAUCUUCGACCACAUCUUCGCUUACCAUCAGAAGAGAGUGGUCAAACGCGAACCUACCAUUGGUCAAAAAAGCUGUUAUAACAUCAAUAUGAAUUUGGCAAAGGGCUUGAAACCCGAGACUGCACACUUUCAGGACCCAUUCAGCAUAAAAUACCUGCUCUGUAGUUGUUCAAGUACAAACUGGCAAUUUCUAACUACAUAACACCAUCUUCCUGCACCCGGUAUAGGGUGUGCAAUUAUCAAGAUCUGAAUUUUAACUAGAACAUGGUAAAACUGUGUUAAAUGACAAAAAAUAAUAAAAAUUAGAGAUUGUCGUUUGUAACCAUAUUUCGCAUCGCUUAAAGACAUUCCUAUUUUAGAAGACAUAAGGGUAUUCGUUAAUUUGCCUAUAUACUGAUCUCUAUGUUUAGUUUAUUGUGUUAAAUUAUAAGUAUUUUAAUACCUAUGUUUUAAGUUGUGUAUUAUACCUAAGUUGUACUUUCUUACGGCUAUAGCUGAUUUUACAGGGAUAUGUUUUUGAGAUUGCUAAUAUUAGGUAUACAACAUGUUUGCGGUGAAACACAUUAUUUUCUCGUAGAUUUCUCGACAUUCGGAAGAACACAAAAUUCAGUAAGUCUUAGGCACUGACUAUAAAAAUUUAAAAUUCAAAAACUUACCGGUUCUCAAAAACAUAUCUCAAAUAUUAGAUAUAAGUAAUAGGAUAAGGAAACAGAGGUGGCUAAGACAAAGCCGACCAGAUCGAUCGAUCAUAAAGUUAAGCAACGCUUGACGCGGUCGGUCCGUGGAUGGGUGACCAUCUUGUCAUGCCGAGAUACCCCGUGCUUCGGAUGGCACGUUAAGCCGUAGGUCCCGGCUGUCAUACAAACAUCUUUGGCAGUCGUUACAGGUAAUCUGAAGCCAGACAUUCUGAAAGUCUUACCAAGGGUAUCGGUAUGCCCGGGUAACUGGGUUGAGGAGGUCUGAUAGGCAAUCCCUCCUUGUCAAACACUGGUACUCUGUCGCCUCGGGUCAGACUUUAAGCCGACCCCAACAGUAUUGUAUUAACUUACAGUUGGGAAAGGGCUACAAGCGUAGACGAUGACGAUGAACCAUACAACUAGAUGCGGUUUUUUCAGCUAUAGUCGUAAUUAUUUAUGCACACUGUCUAUGAUUUAGAUUAAUUUCACUUUCUGCUGUCGCCGCUCCGGACCGCAGCAGCGCAACAGGUCUUUUGAGAGAGAUGACGAAAUUAUUAAGAUCAAAUACUGUUGAACAUUGAGGAAGGGAAAAAAUGUUGACAACAAGACUUAGAAAAUGGAUAGUAUAUGUAAAACACGCGAUUGUCGUAGUCUCUAAGCAAAUGACUACUAUUGUUAUUGUAAGUUCGAAAAAACAACUGAAACUCGAGACUCUGUGCAUGUGUAAAAUGGAAAAAGAAAGAAUGUUUGGCUAGUAAAGAGCGUGAAUUGUGUACUGUUUUAGGUAAUAACGUCAGGAUGGAUAAUCGUAAGAUUUAGGGAAAUUUAUACUAACUUAAGUGUGCGCGAUAGACGCAAUCAAAGGCAUUGGACCAAUGGAUAUGGCCUACUCGCUGCUUCGCUCCGGAAACUAUUUAUGUGAUAUGUAAACUUAGUUUUACUAUAAUCGAUCGUAAUAAAAUGUUAAUAAAUCUA